GGAGCUCCCACCACUAGCCCACGUCCCAGUCUAAUUCCAACGUUUAGACUUGCCAUGAUAAUGUUUUCCCUUACGCUUACGAUUUUAUGCCUCGUUUCCUCUCUUACCUACGCCUCGCCUCUAUUUCCUCGAAUCGUCUUCAACCCAAACAUCACUGUCCCAGAUGCCAACACUGCCUGGGCAGUCGGAACAACUCAAACGGUGAAAUGGGACGCCACUGGGUUGCCGGAUGAGUCGUUGAAGGGAAUGGUGGUCUUGGGGCACAUUGAAGGUGAUGACGACAACGAACAUUUAAUGCUCGACCCACCUUUGGCCAAAGGUUUUCUUCUCAGAGAUGGAGCAGUCACCAUAACAAUUCCUGAUGUUCCCUCGAGGUCAGAUUACGUCGUCGUAGUUUUCGGAGACUCCGGUAACGCUAGCCCCAAAUUCACCAUCAAUAAUCCCAAUCAAUCCAGCAGCAGCACCCUCACUGCCAGCUCAACUUCUUCUCUACUUCAGUCCGCCACGAUUACCGAUCCUAUCCCUAUCAGUGGCACUACGAUAACCGGAAGCCCUCCGGCAGAUCCGUCCACAACGAUCACCCCUGUGACAACCAGUAGUAUAUCACAAAUCACCACAACCUCAACCUCAACUGCUCCACCUACUUCUGCUUCCAGUGAGGGUAGCUCCGGUGGCAGUUCUGUCUCUGUUACGACGUCCAGUGCAGGACCGAGUGGAACAUCUGCUGACUCCCAGUCAGGCAGUAAUGCUGCCUGGAAAGUCAGUUCCGGGCAACCGUUUGUGAUGAUUGCCUUUACUAUCGCCGUUUCCCUGGCCCUUUAGGGUUCGGACGUAGGUUGUGGAUUUCAAUUUUCGGACUUCUAUUUUUCGACUUGAGGACUAUAUAUGUCGGUUUUUACUUGAACAUAUGUACAACCACCCUGCUUCAUGUCACUCUGUAAAACCAGUCAUUUCAUUUCAAGUAUAAUAUUUUCCUGCGAG